AUGGAAGAGCGCUAUGUCUCAAAACUUCACCCGACAUGGGAUUAUGGAGCGGGUGUAUUUCUUCUGAUUAUAGCAUUCUUAACAAUUCUGGGGAAUUCUGCCAUCCUAGCUGUGGCUGUGAAGCGCUCCUCUCGCCUCAGGUCACCUGAGCUCCUCACAGUUAAUUUAGCAGUAACUGAUCUUGGAAUGGCCAUCAGCAUGUAUCCCCUGGCCAUUGCUUCUGCCUGGAAUCAUACCUGGCUGGGUGGCGAUGCAACCUGCAUUUAUUAUGGUCUGAUGGGUUUCCUUUUUGGUGUUUCCAGCAUGAUGACUCUGACUGUAAUGGCUGUAAUUCGUUUUUUCGUAACGCACUCAUCAAAGUCCAAUAGCAAUAACAUCAACAGGAGAGUGAUACAUAUUUCUAUUACAUUGAUCUGGCUAUAUGCAGUACUUUGGGCCAUUCUGCCUUUGCUAGGUUGGGGGCAUUAUGGCCCGGAACCCUUUGGCACUUCUUGUACUAUAUCAUGGGGCCAGUUCUACAAAUCUUCCAAUGGCUUUUCCUUCAUCCUGAGCAUGUUUAUUUUCUGCACUAUUCUGCCAGCAAUGACCAUCCUCUUCUGUUAUUUGAGUAUAGCCUGGAAGCUUCAUAAAACCUAUCAAGAAAUGCAGAACUUCAAGAGGAUUUCAAAUGCAACAAAGCUGGAGAAGAAAUUGACACUGAUGGCUGUGUUGAUCAGUGUAGGAUUCCUUGGCGCAUGGACACCAUAUGCUGCUGUUAGCUUUUGGUCAAUAUUCCACUCCAGUGAGUCAUUACCCCAGGUUGUUACUUUACUGCCAUGUCUCUUUGCUAAAUCAUCAACAGCCUACAACCCUUUCAUUUACUACACCUUCAGCAAAACAUUCCGACAAGAAGUUAAGCAGCUUCAGUGCUGCUGUGGUGAAAAAGUUCACUUCCUUAACACCAAGAACUCCAUCAAUAAUCAUGUAUCAGUAAUGUGGCCGGACAGGGGCAAUAUACAUAUUUCAUCCGUCAGAAAGAUAGUCAGUGGAGAAGGCCCAAACCAAUAAGCAACAAGAACACCGCCCGUUAAAGCUGUGCAAAGAGGAUCUUUGUUAUGUUAUGCUCAGCAUUCCAGUAAAGAGUCUGAACAAUAACUUUUUAAAAAAUCUAGUCAGCAAGAAACAUCUUAAAGACCAAAACUGUGUUUGGAAGAAUCAUCACCUGACAACGGAAUAAUGGAUUUGAGAAAACUGAACUACAGUUUAUUCUUUUGUUUUGACUUAUAUGUUAGCAUGUGUGUUGGAACCACUAGCCAUGUUACAAAACCGGCCCAAAACAUCCGUUAAGUUGCUGAGACAUCUGUAGAAUAAGAGCCAAAAAAGAGACAGACUCCCAAUGUUUAUUGAUUGUUGAACCUCCUUCAUCUCAGAAGCAUGAGUGGCAUGCGCCUAAGGUUACAGGAAUUUAGCUCCAGGAUUGUCAUAAGAAACUUUAAAAUAACUUAUCCAUAGAAAUCAGAUGCUACACACAUUUAAAAUGAAGAAAAAACAGUACUCUGCUAGCGGGCUACAUGUUUUUGGUGGGUGGCGUUUGCUUCAGAUACAAUAAUCCCGGAAGAGGGGAAAAGCCACAUGCUUCCCCAAAAACCAGGCACCUGGAAGGUAAAUGUCAGGUUAGCGUGCACUCACCUACAUCUGCUCUUUAGCUUUCCAAGCCAAAGUAGUAGUUCUCUAUUUCAACCUUUCUCUUGAUUGAUACAGAAAAAGUUUUUACCCAAUAUAGGUGAGGACUAAUACAAGGACUGAAUUCUUACUCAUUCAAAAAGAAGUUACCGCCCUGUGUACUAAUAUAUCAGCUUUUCAAUGCAUAUAUAGGAAGCUGAAUGAGUGAAGCAUUAAUCCAUUCAUACUUCUAAAUGGCGCAUCUUCAACAGAAGGGAAGUGAGAGGAAUGAUUUUGGGAAGAGUUUGUCGAAGAGAGACUCCAAUAAACGCAGGGUAAUUACAUGCCUGUGCACAUGUAGACAAGUUUGAACAAGCAGUGUUUUGAAAUGAGGGCUUAGGCCAGAGGAGGGCACCUUCCAGAAGUACACAUUUUAGAGGGCUAUACCAAGUCCCAUGUUCUACCCCACUUCAAAUAGUUUUCUUUUAAAGGAGUUUUUAAAAAUGAAAAAGCCCCUUUAUGUCAUCUAGUCAUCAAAUUUUAAAUCUGCAAAAUGUUUGGGACAUGAGAAGAUAAGGUUGCUGCUCCCUCCCAUGGCAAAACUGCCUCCCAUACCUUUAUGAGCACAAUGGAAUCUUUUGAGUCAUUUUUCCUUUUUAAUGUGUGGCAGCUGCAUUUGAGAACUCAUGUUUUAGACCUAAAAUGAUACUAGCUGGACCAUAUUUUUGGUGACAUUGACAAUAGUAUUACAAAUAUCUUCUUCUCCAGAUGGAGGCUGGGUGUUCUCACAUUUAUUUUGGCUUUGGAUGCAGGUGGUCUGAAUAAGGACCUUGUGUUGCAUCCAGACCAAUCCACAAAUUCUUCAGUCCAUGGUGUUAUUAUUCACUUUUAAAGUGUGUGGCAACUAUAAUAAUCUGUCUACAUUUGAGUGUUCUAUGAAAAUACCUAACACAGCACCCUUUAUAUUUCAUGGGCUUUGGGCAUUUGUUUCCUCCACCACCAUUCCAAAUUUGUGUUUAUUUGUGUGAUCUGCCCUGAGGUUUUGUGCAUCUGAAGUGGCUUUUGUUUCUAGCAUAAUAAAUUAAUUUUUUUAAGUGCCAUGUUUUU